AUGCAGUGGCUCCGCUGUUGCAGUUUCUGCGCAGCUUGUCGAGUUCGCUCUUGUACUGAUACAACUGGUGAUUUGAGAAUUCCAGCAUCUUUCUGCGGUGUUCUUUGUUUCCGGCCUUCUCAGGGGGUUGUGUCUACUCUUGGGACCUUACCGAAUUCACAUAGUCUAGACACCAUUGGAUGGCUUGCACGAGAUCCUCAUAUACUUAGUCGUGUUGGAGAUGCUCUGUUACCGGCUGCUGCAUGUGGACUUAAGGGGAAAAGGCAGUUGGUUUUUGCUGAUGAUUGCUUUGAGUUGCUAAAGAUUCCCAACCAGAAAACAGUGGAUGUCAUAGAAAAUGCUGUCCGUACAUUACCUUAUGGAUUUCAGCCACCUAAGCACAUCAAUAUUGGCCAGUAUAUCAGUUCAAAUGUACCUAGCUUGAAGGAGUUCUGCGAACCUUCUACAAAGUUGCAAGAAGGAAAGUCAGCCUUGAAAGCUCUCUGCACGGUUAUGCUGUUAUUACAGAGAUAUGAAUUCAAAGCAAACCACGAGGAUUGGGUUAACACUGUAAAACCGAAGCUUGGCCUUGAAGUAUCUACUCGUGUACUACAAGCUGUAAACUUCACAGACGAUAACAUCAAAUCCUUGUACAUUGUACGAACUGAAUGGCGAGCUGCACUGAAGAAUCUUCUAAAGGAUACUGGAAUUUUAGUUCUGCCAACCAUGGCUGGACACCCUUUGAAAAGGAACUCUAAACAGAGAUUGUCAUCCGAAUUCGAAGAUAAAAUGUACGCAUUUGUCAGCAUUGCUGCACUUUCAGGCUGUUGCCAGGCCACUGUUCCCUUGGGAAAUCACAAUGAUCAUCCUAUAUCUAUUUCAUUUGUAGCAGCUCAUGGAUCAGACAAGUUCCUUCUUCGUGCUAUCUUGGAUAUGUAUUCAGCCAUCCAGAAACAGAUAGUUUUGGCAUCCAAGUUGGCACUUCCACCAGUAAUUGAUCGUGAUGUUGAUACAUCAGAGCUGUUGAAAGAAAAGGGAAAUAAUUCCUUCAAAAGAAAACAAUGGAGCAAAGCUAUUGAAUUCUAUUCUGGGGCAAUCAAAUUGAAUGACACAAAUGCGACAUACUAUUGCAAUAGAGCAGCUGCUUAUCUGGAACUUGGCCGUUUCAAGCAAGCUGAAGCGGAUUGCGACCAGGCCUUACUGUUGGAUAAAAAGAAUGUUAAAGCAUACCUACGACGAGGUACCGCAAAAGAAAGUGUUUUGAGUUACCAAGAAGCUCUGCAAGAUUUCAGGCAUGCUUUAGCUUUGGAGCCGCAGAACAGAACAGCCCUUGCAGCAGAGAAAAGGCUACAGAAACACCUCAGGUGA